CAACCACACUUGAAAGACUAUUAUUUUAUAAGAAUGCACGCCAAGUUAACAAUCUUUCUAUCAUUCUUAUAGUAGUUGAUCAUAUCUACUCUCCUUGAAUCUCCCUCCAACAUGUCAUUUUCCCAUUUCAUUUCUCCUUUCAAACUAACAUUUUUCAUACUCCAUGUAACCUUCAUCACCAAUGCUCACACACAAAACCCUAAAGUUUCUGCUGUUUUGGUGUUUGGAGACUCCACUUCUGAUCCUGGAAACAAUAACUUCAUUUUGACUCCUUUCAAGGGGAAUUUUCCACCUUAUGGGAGAGAUUUUCCCAACAAGAAACCGACCGGAAGGUUUACAAAUGGAAUGCUGGCUAGUGAUAUGAUUGCCAGGUAUCUUGGUGUUAAGGAUAAUGUGCCUCCUUAUUUGGACCCUUCACUUACUGUUCAUGAUUUGAUGACUGGAGUUAGUUUUGCUUCUGCUGGAUCUGGAUUUGAUCCUCUUACACCAACGAUAAGCAACGUCAUUCCAUUGCCACGACAACUAGAGUAUUUCCGAGAGUACAAAACAAGGUUAGUCGCGAAGCUUGGGAAGACAAAGACAAUGGAAAUUGUUAGCAAUGCACUCUAUAUAGUGAGUGCGGGUACCAAUGAUUUCGUCGUAAACUAUUUUACAUUACCGAUUAGAAGACAUAAAUACACUCUUCCUGGCUACAUGGACUUUGUGAUGAACAAUGAGAUGGAUUUCAUACAGGGUUUGUGGAAUGAAGGAGCUCGUAAAAUUGGAGUUGUCGGGCUACCUCCUAUGGGUUGCUUGCCGAUUGUCAUCACCCUUUUCUCCGAUGAUGCACUUUUUGAUCGCGGUUGUAUCGAUUUCUACUCAUCUGUGGGGAGGGCUUACAACUCCAUGCUCCAAACUCGGUUAAAUCUUAUGCAAGUUAGCCAUGUGCAAGAAGGCGCUCGAAUCACCUAUCUUGAUGCUUAUUCAACCUUAUAUGAUGUAAUUGUAGCACAUAAGUAUGGGUUUAAAGAAGUUAAGCGCGGUUGUUGUGGGACCGGCUUAUUAGAAACGACAGUGUUAUGCAAUCCAAAGUCAGCUACAUGCCCAGAUGCAUCUAAAUAUGUGUUUUGGGAUUCUAUACACCCAACUGAAACGGUGUACAGGAUAUUUUUUGAAUCUACUAGAUCGACAAUUGACUAUAUUGUCAAGGGCUAAACGACCAAACAUUGAAAUUAUAUGUCUAAAUGGUUAUGAUACAAUUUUUUACCAUUCAAGAGCCCAUAAAGUUAUGAAUCAUCUAUUUCCCUGUAAUUUGGAUCCGAAAUAUGGUAACCAAAAUUGUGUAUCAUUUCAUUAUUCAACUAUAUGAUAUAUAUUUCAUUA